ACCUCAGCCCCGCUUCACGGCGCCCGGCUUCACCCCGGGCCCGCUUCGCCCCGGGCCGGGCCGGGGCCGUGAGGGCGGGAGAGGCGGCCCCGGCCCCUCAGCGCCAUCCGUCCCCCCGCUCCCGAGGCAGGAAGAAGAAUGUCCCAAAAACAGCUGAAAGAAGCCUUUAUCAGCAACCUAAACGGAACGAGUUUGCUGGAAAUUUCCGCAGGCUUGUCCCUGCCUCCGCUGUGCCUGCUCUGCAGAGGGCUCCUCCUGAUCCUGUACUACCUGCACCAUGGAAAACCUCUAAGCUCAAGGAAGUACAGCCUGCUGCUGGACUUCCUGGUGCUGGUGUCUCCUCUCCUGUUCUCCUGCACCGUCUUGUCUCCAAUCAUCUUCUUCAUACCAGUUAUCCUCGCUGCCUUCUGUGCCGGAAUAUUUUCCAAAAUAUACAGCCGGAGAAGACGGGAGGCCAGAGCACCCUUUGGGCAAAUCGUAGGAGAAUUCCAGAAGGCGUGCUUGGAUCCCGAGCGCAUUCCAGCGAUAACCGUGUUCCGUGUUUAUGUCAACGUGCUGACGUCCAUCAGCAUUUUGGCUGUGGAUUUCCCGCAGUACCCCCGGCGAUACGCCAAGGCCGAGACCUACGGCACCGGAGCCAUGGAUUUGGGGGUGGGAGCCUUUGUCUUUGGAAACGCUCUCGUUUGCCCUGAGGUUCGACGGCGGUCCCCCACGGCGCAGCCCAGGUUCUCCGGUCUGGCCAGGCAGGUGUUUUCCGUGUGGCCGCUGAUUUCCCUCGGUGUCGGGCGGCUGCUGAGCGUUAAAUCCAUCGAGUACCACGAGCACACCUCGGAGUACGGGGUGCACUGGAACUUUUUCUUUACCCUGGCGCUGGUGAGACUGGCAGCCUCUCUGCUUUUAGCCGUAUUCCCCAAACAUAAGGCUUGGCUGGUGGCUCUGGCUCUGGCUGUGCUCUACCAGCUCCUCCUCAGCACCACCUCUCUGAAGACGUUCAUCCUGCACGGGAGCGACGGCAGAGGCUCGCGGCUCGGCUUCCUCGAUGCCAACAGGGAAGGGCUGCUCUCCCUCUUUGGCUACCUGGCCAUCUACCUGGCGAGCGUGCAGGUGGGGCUGUGGCUGCUGCAGCGCAGGAGCUCGGUCAGGGGCUGGCUGGGAGCCCUCAGGGAGCUGGCUCUGGCCGUUCUGGCGCUCUGGGUGUUGCUGCAGCUGUGCCAGGCGUGCACCGAGCCCGUGUCCCGCCGCAUGGCCAACCUGCCCUUCUGCACAUGGGUGCUGGCGCACUGCCUGCUGCUGCUGGGCUUUUUUGUGCUCGCCGACCUCGCCCUGGUGUUCGCAAAGCUGCUGGUGAAGGGGUCCAGCGUGCCCUGCUGCUGGGAGGUCGUGCAGCCCCCCGAUUCCAGGGGAAAGCGCGGAAUGGAGGCCGUGCCGGUGGGGAGGCAGGACGAGCUGUCGCAGCUGUGCCUGAUUAGUGCUAUUAACAAAAAUCAAUUACUGUUUUUCUUGCUAGCGAAUGUCAUGACUGGUGCUGUGAACAUCCUGAUAGACACAAUCCACAGCAAGGCUGCCUUUACACUGUGCGUACUGCACCUGUACAUGCUCUUGAACUGUUUUAUCAUGUAUAUAUUGCACGCCAGAAAUAUAGUAUUAAAGUUUUGGUGAUUCCA